AUGGAGACGGCCCGCCGGAGACAUGUUCGAGCCGCCGGCCCUGCCUUCACGUCAGCCAUCCUUGUGAUCUUCGCCUUCACAUGUGUGGAAUCUAAACCGGCGCGGGCACGAACGCCAGAGCAUGCGUCUGGACCGGCGUCUGCACCUGCCCAUGCGCCUGCGUCUGGGCCUGAUCAGGCGGCAGCUUCUCACGCUCUGUUCAACUACAAGGAGAAAGACCCAACUGGGCCCGACAAAUGGGCCAAGCUGAAUAAGGGAUGGGCUGCCUGUGGCGACGGCAAGAAGCAGUCCCCGAUCAACAUCCGCAAGGUGAAAAUCAACAAGGACAUGGGCCCUCUAGAGCAGACCUACAAGUUAAGCGCCUGCACACUGGAAAACCGCGGGCACGACUUCAUCCUGCAAUGGAAAGGUGGGAAUGGCAAGUUGACGAUCGAGAAGAAGGAUUACGUGCUCCAGCAGGUGCACUGGCACGUGCCCUCGGAGCACACCGCCAAUGGCACCAGGUUCGACAUGGAGUUGCACAUGGUUCACGAGGACUCCAGCAAGGCGCGCGCCGUCGUCUCCGUGCUCUACUCCACCAAAGAGGCCGGCGACCCCGACAAGACGCUGACUGAUCUGGCGCCAUAUUUCAAGAGGCUCGCCGGCAAGUACAACGAGAACGAGGAUGUGAAGGAGCCCGUUGAUCCGUCCGUCUGGGUCGACAAGGCCUCGAGCUACUACAGAUACGACGGCUCCCUCACCACUCCGCCUUGCACCGAAGGGGUUCUUUGGAACAUCCUGAGCAAGGUGAAACACGUAUCAAAGGAGCAUAUCAAGAUGAUGGAGUCGGUGAGCGAGAAACCUGAGCCAAAUGCCCGGCCGGCUCAGAAAAUCCAUGGUCGAGUUGUUCGCUACUUCGAAGGCAAAGAAGCAAAAGAUUGA